UUCCUUGUGGUUGUUAAUGGUAUUUUCAUUCUCUUAGCCCACUGGUAAUCUCAAAAGGAAGAAUAACAAACACAAAUGGAAUUAUCUUGUUUCGUGUAGAGUGCCGCACGUUCUGUUUGUGGAAUUCUCUUGACUUUGCUUCUUCGACCAUGUAACCUUACGCACCUGUUAUUAGUCAACUAAAGAGAUGGGAAUAAUGAGGUUUUUCUCUCUUCCUUAGGAGGACUAUGAUCGUCUGAGGCCUUUAUCUUAUCCAAUGACAGAUGUCUUCCUUAUAUGCUUCUCUGUGGUAAAUCCAGCCUCAUUUCAAAAUGUGAAAGAGGAGUGGGUACCGGAACUUAAGGAAUACGCACCAAAUGUACCCUUUUUAUUAAUAGGAACUCAGAUUGAUCUCCGAGAUGACCCCAAAACUUUAGCAAGACUGAAUGAUAUGAAAGAAAAACCCAUUUGUGUGGAACAAGGACAGAAACUAGCAAAAGAGAUAGGAGCAUGCUGCUAUGUGGAAUGUUCGGCUUUAACCCAGAAGGGAUUGAAGACUGUUUUUGAUGAGGCUAUCAUAGCCAUUUUAACUCCAAAGAAACACACAGUAAAAAAAAGAAUAGGAUCAAGGUGUAUAAACUGUUGUUUGAUUACGUGAGAAACCUCUUCAGUGGCCAAGGAAACUGUCCAUUUCUCUCAAAGAGCAUAUGAAAUGCUACAGCUAUACCCAGACCUCUUAUAAAUAAUGAAGCAGUUUAAAACUUGAAAAAAAAAAAACAAAAACAAAACCUGUCCUCAGAAUUCUAUAAAAUUCAUUAAGAAUGUUUCUUAAAGGUCCAAGAAGCAGCAAACAGCAUCUGACGCCACAAUCUACUAUAAAUACUUUAUUUCAACUAGAAGGUACAAUCUCAGGGGUUUCAUAGUUUAAAAAGCUACAAUCACACCAUGUUGUAACUACAUAAAAAACAGUGCUGUAAAUGGAACUGCCUGGCUUAGACCAUGUACAUUUCUGCACAGUCUUUAUGGAAUCUGCACAAUGAAGUAUCUUCUCCCUUUGCUCCAAUUAAUUGUUCUUGUAUGUAAGUUGCUUUCUAUUCCAGUAUAUCCAGAGUGGUGAAAUCACAAGGCCAGCCACGUAGCCAAAGGUCGCUCCAAGCGUACAGGAGAUGGGCCAUACCUGAGGAGAGAAUGUAUGAGAUCAAAAAAGAAUAACUGUUUUAUUAUUACUUGAGCACAAGUUAAGUGUAACCUAAAUAUUUCUAUAUUAAAGCUUAAUGUGCUUUCUUAAAGAAUGCCAAAAGUGUAAUAAGGUCAUAACUGCAUUUAUCAUGAACACUAAAAAUGUACACAUUCUAGUUAAUGUACAUUCGACUGUAACAAGGCUUCUGGCGACUGUAGAUUUAGUUUGAUGCUCCCCAAACUGCAUGAGAUACACCCUAAAAUUACAAAUUAAAAUUCUGGGUCAGACUUUGUCAUAAUCCUGGACUCGAUAUAGCUGUCUGAAGUAGCUGGCAAUUUUGUCUUUUAAUUUCCACCUUGGCUUAUAUAAUCAGAUGACAUGAGACGUGUGUAUGCUGACCAAACUACAAGAAACUUUAAAUAGUGCUAAAGAGAACAGACCUAGAAUUCGAGCAUGUUACAUGGAAUUUAUAACAAAGCAACUGCUUCCAUAGUAAUACUGAUGUUACCUUUCAGACACAGGUAUUGGAACCAUAGCAGAAGUUCUAGAACUACAACUUAUGUACACAACUAGAGUGUCAGUUAAAUGAAAUACUGGCUUCUAAAUACCCAUUUUCUCCAGCCAUACUACAUUUUGCAAUAUUACAUCAAGCAAGCCAGAAGUAAAUAAUGUUGAUUUCUUUCAUCCACAAGCAGUGCAUGCUAGUCCCUAGGUGAAAGGCCCUGCUUUAAAAAAAAAAAAAAAAAUUAUGUUCAUCUGUGAAGCUUAUUUGGUAUACUGGAGCCUUUUCUAAUCUUUCUUUGGGGGAUCAGGCCAUAGAACUGUGUUAGAGGUGAACCAUCUUAAUUACUAGUUCUGUAACCUAAUUAAGCUUCCUUGUUUGGUCUGCUACUGGAUCUGCCUUGUUCCAAAUGCCAUGCAACAGACAAUAGUGUUAGAUAAAGUUACAAUGUGAACAAAUUAAUGCAGUUCAGAGAAGCAUAAUCUAACCCAUAAAUUUUUCUCCAGCCUUUCCUACAUUUAAACUUGCUGUUGACUAAAUUAUGAUUUAUUUAUGUCUUUGGUAAGCUUCUGUUAAUUUCCAUGACUUGAGCUAAUCGCUGUGUCUAUUGCACAGAUUGGGUAAUGGAACACUAAACUUUUAUACUUGAAAAUGACAGCCUUAAAUGCUCGUAUCAGUCACAAAUCUAGGAUGUACUGUCUUGUAUGUGAGCUUUGUAGAGAUUUUUAAAAAUAUAAGCAUCAUCUUCCCCACUGAAGAGUGGAAAGUCUACUGGAUAACUAGUCAGGAUCUUUCUCUCCGAACUGGACAGUGGAUGUCUUCCUUCUCCCAAAAAGUGAUGGUUCAUAUUAAGUACCAUGGCCUUAUGUGUGUUCAAACAGAAUCUUUAUGUAACUUUCUCAUUUAAUUUGGGUCGGUUAAUUAUUAGCUAUUUUUAGAUACAACUGAAAGGAAUUGCGUAAGUCAAUUAGUAUAUUAACUAAGUUGUCCAACACAUGGUAUAAAGGAAUUAAGACAGUAAAGUAUUAUACGUUUCCAACUGGCCUUUGGGGAUUUGAUGGGGACUUUUUUUUUUCUUCAAAUUCACCUCUGAAGCUUUUCAUACUUGGUUUACUAGCCAAUUAAAGUCUAGAAUUUGAUAUGCCCUACGAGAAAUGGACUAGGAAUCCGGAAACACAAACUCUGGUGUCACUGUUUCCUGCCUGGGCCUCAGUUUCUUCAUCUAUAAACAUGGGAGGUAGAACGAGAGGACCUCCAACAUCUCUCCCAUUUAUCAACUCUUAUGAUUCUCUUCUUUCUUAUUCACAGUAUUCAUUGUUGGACAUUACCUUUUCAGCUGCACAUUAAGAUGGUAAAAAUCCUGUAUAUAGAUUAUUAGAACUCUAAGCAAAGAUGAUUGUAUCAUCUGAACCUGAGGUGCCUUAGGUACUCUAUUGACCUUGAUGGGGUUUGGAGUUUCCCAUUGCUUAUUAAGAGCCUUUUCAUUGCUUUGAUUCCUUAGUACUUCUUUUUGCACUCAAUCCUUCCUGCCACCCUAUAAAAACCAAAGAUUUGUUUUCUAUUCAUGAGCAGAUUGUAGAAAAAUUGCCUUAUUUUCAGAAGCACGUCCUCAUUAAAGACUUAAGUUUCAGCAGAAAUUGAGACUAAUCACUGGAACAACUAGUUCAAAGUAGUCAAAUAUCUGGGAAAUAAAAUACUUCAAAAAUAUCUUACUGACAUGAAUUUUGCUAGUCAAUGCAAAUACAUUGCUUCAAAUAAGGUCAUGUAUGAAUGAACUUAACGUACAGUUACUUUUUUUUUUUUUGCAUAUAAUCAGUUCUGAAAUUCUUAAAAAUAAUUUUAGGGGCUCCCUGAAGUCUUAUUUCUAAUACUUUGCUAACUUGUACCCUUAUUCUGUUUCUACAGAUACAUUUUAGGUUAGCCCAUGUUGAAUAAUCUUAUUUCCAGUAAGUAGAGCCUGAAUUAAUGGUUUUUAUUGUGAAUUAGUUACUUUAGGCGUUGCUUCCAUUUGAUUUUUAAUUAUUACUCUUAAGUACCAAAUUAAAUAACUGGUUUGUUGGUUGUUGUUUUUAAGUGAUUGUUACUUUAACAGUGUCCCAUCUUAACACAUGGGGUUAUAAAUAAAAUAAUAUGCAUAGUUUACUAUCUAUGUAAAGCAUUGAA